AACAACAACAACAUAAUAUUGAAACGAUCGUUAUGUCCACAACGUGUCCAAUAACUAGGCACACACUGCCCUAUGGGCCUAUGAUACCGGUACCGCCACCGGUACCGUAUUAAUAUUUGCUAAACUUUCAACAGAGAUCUGAGUCUGUAAGUCCGAGGAUCAACCCAGGCCGACAGAUUUUUUUGCUACUAAGAUUCCUGCUUAAAGUUACGUUAUCGGUUUAACGUAGUAGACUACGGUAUAUAUUUACGGUUUAACCCGCCCGCCCAUGCGUGAUUAUCUUUGUGAGAAGUUGUUUAAUAAAAUGCUCAGGGCUCUGGUAAAAACAAGCAAAAACUGCCUUUCAUGUCGUUUAUUCUUUAGUGGAACAACAGUAUGUUUUUCUGAUGAUUCACCCACACAAUCAUCAACCGCACGUUAUCCGCCAGUCAACAGAUGUGAAGGUUUGGACACUGACAAGACAUGGGAGGCUGAAGUUAUUAAACAUGAAAGAGACAUUGACCAACUGAGAAAACAAGGCGUAGGCGACUCCGAUUUACCAGAGCUUAAUCGAGAAGAAAAAGUGAAAAAUCUUCCGCAUUUGUCAUUCAGAGAGAAACCAAAAUUUGAUCAGGACGAAUCUGUAUUAGAUGAAACUUCUGAUUUGCUGCUUGGUGAAACCAUCCCAUCGGAAGGUGCAAGUCAAAGACUAGAUUCAAUCAAUAAUAUUGAUCCAGAUUUUGUCAGAGAGGAUGUUCAAGAAUUAUUGCAAAGAAUACAUUACAGAUGUGCAGCAGACCUAGUUUAUAAAUCAACGAUAACAGAAAGAAAACAAAUGCCCACACUUCGAUAUCUUACUGACAACCAAUUAAAAGAAGAAAUGGAAAAAAUUAGAGAAUCGAUGAAUGAGAAAAUUGAAAUGCCUCUGGUGAUGCUGAAAAGGAAAACUUGUAACAAAUAUUUAUCAAAUGAUGAUAUUCUUGACGGAUAUGAAGAUAGCAAUUUAUCUUUUGUUGAUAUUUCAGAAAAUAUUAAAAAUAGGGAACGUUUCAUUGUUGUUAGAGAAACAAAUGGAAAACUCAGAAAAGCGAACUGGGAUGAGAGAGACAGAUUGAUAAAUCUUUACUAUCCUGUUCUUGGUAGAAAAAUUGUACCACCAUUAUUGUUUAAAACACAGCAUUUGGAGAAUGUAUUUGAGCAAAAUAUUCAUGAAAAUGCAUUGGAUCAGUGCGUAAUUCAAUUUGAACCUGAUUCACCUAAAUACCUGGAGAUUUUUGAAGCAGUUUACAGAAACAUUGAGGAAAAAAAGUAUUAUCAUUUAUUAAGAGCUACAAGAUAUUUUGGAGGCCUUGUGUACUUCCUGACGAAAAACUUUUUGAUUGAUAGCCUUAUUUUAGAUAUGCUUCAAAAUAAUAUGAUAGAGGAUGCUGUUGAUUGUAUCAGACUUCUUACCUUAUUACAUCCAAACUGUAAAACAAAAUCCUUCAUUGAUUUAAUGGAUUCCCCUGAAGACAUAACAAUCAUUGAGGCGUACAUUGAAAAUGAAUCUGCGGACAAAACAGCUCUUUUACAAGUUCUUCAAAACCUCAAAGACCCAACAGCUGAAAAUAAGAGCGAGAAUAUUCAAGCACAUUGCAAUCUGUGAAGAAAGAUUUACUGAGAGAAAAGAAAAUGUUCACUUCAUGAUCAAGCGUGAUGCAAUCCUGUGUUAGUUGUUACCAUGCUGUUGUUGACGACUAAAACAAAUCCGUCCUGUCACAGGGAUCUUGGGUAAUUAACUAUGAAUGAUAUAAGCAUUGACUGAGUUCUGUGAAAGAUGCAAUGUUGCAUUUUUUAUUUAAAUUCUUAAUUUUGGUAUCAGACUGGUAUGUUUAUGUCAAUUUCAUCAAGCCAAGGAAAAUAAAUUGAGCAAACGGACAAAAUUACGAAAUUUUGAACAUUGCUUCAUAAAAUGCUUUGUAUUAUAGUUUCAACUUGGAUGAACAAAGUGUAAAAUUUAACUAGGUGAGCAGGAGUAUAUUGUUGCCAGAUGAUUAAAUUACCCACCCAUUCAUAGAGUAAUUCAUAGUAAUUAAUCUUGUCUGAUAAUCUAGUCUCAAAAAGGAUUUAUCAGACAUUACAAGAUUAUCUAUCUGUGUGGUGUGACAUAGUUAAUAAAAUGCAAUUCUUGGUGGGACCUA